AUGUUUAAGAAACAAUACUCGGUGUUGGCGGUGUUGUUAUACGCCAUUGUGCUGUUUGUUUUACCAUUUGCUUCAAAUGUUCAAGUUGAUGCUGAUUCUGAGAAUUACGGAACUGUUGUUGGUAUUGAUUUGGGUACUACGUAUUCAUGUGUUGGUGUGAUGAAGAAUGGACGUGUUGAGAUUCUGGCGAAUGAUCAGGGUAACAGAAUUACGCCAUCGUAUGUUGCCUUUACGGAGAACAACGAGAGAUUGGUUGGAGAUGCGGCAAAGAACCAGGCUGCAUCGAAUCCUCAUAAUACCAUCUUUGACAUCAAGAGACUAAUUGGCCAGCGGUUUUCAGACAAGGUGAUCCAAAGAGAAAUUAAGCAUUUGCCUUAUAAGAUUGUCGAUCAAGAUGACAGGCCUGUUGUUAAGGUGGAAUAUAAUGGUGAGGAAAAGACAUUUACAGCUGAAGAAAUUUCUGCAAUGAUUUUAGGUAAGAUGAAAUCCAUUGCUGAAGAUUACCUUGGUAAGAAGGUCACUCAUGCUGUUGUUACUGUUCCAGCUUAUUUCAAUGAUGCGCAAAGACAAGCUACUAAGGAUGCCGGUACUAUUGCGGGCUUGACUGUUUUAAGAAUUGUCAAUGAACCAACUGCAGCGGCUAUUGCCUAUGGAUUAGAUAAGGGAGAAGAGGAGAGACAAAUUAUUGUCUAUGAUUUAGGUGGUGGUACCUUUGAUGUCUCUUUAUUAAGCAUUGCCGGUGGUGCCUUUGAAGUUUUAGCGACCUCUGGUGAUACCCAUCUAGGUGGUGAAGAUUUCGAUUAUAGAGUCGUUAAGCAUUUCAUCAAGGUCUUCAAGAAGAAACACAAUAUUGAUAUUUCAAGUAAUCCAAGGGCUUUAGCUAAAUUAAAGAGAGAAGUUGAAAAGGCAAAGAGAACUUUAUCUUCUCAAAUGUCCACUAGAAUUGAAAUCGAUUCAUUUGUUGAUGGUAUUGAUUUCUCAGAACAAUUGACUAGGGCCAAAUUCGAAGAACUUAAUAUAGAAUUAUUUAAAAAGACUUUGAAACCAGUCCAACAAGUUUUAGAUGAUGCCAAGGUUAAGGCAAGUGAAAUUGAUGAUAUUGUUCUUGUUGGUGGUUCUACCAGAAUUCCUAAAGUCCAAGAGUUAUUGGAAAAAUUCUUCAAUGGUAAGAAGAUCUCCAAGGGUAUCAAUCCUGAUGAAGCUGUUGCCUAUGGUGCUGCCGUUCAAGCAGGUGUCUUAUCUGGUGAAGAAGGUGUCGAAGAUAUCGUUUUGAUUGAUGUCAAUCCUUUAACUUUAGGUAUUGAAACCACUGGUGGUGUUAUGACUACCUUGAUCAAGAGAAAUACUCCAAUUCCAACAAAGAAAUCUCAAAUUUUCUCUACUGCCGUUGAUAACCAGAAUGCCGUUCUGAUCCAAAUCUAUGAAGGUGAAAGAGCAAUGGUGAAGGACAACAACUUAUUGGGUAAGUUUGAAUUAACAGGUAUUCCACCUGCUCCAAGAGGUGUUCCACAAAUUGAGGUUACCUUUACCCUUGACUCCAAUGGUAUUCUCAAGGUUUCAGCUCUGGAUAAGGGUACCGGUAAAUCCAACUCCAUUACUAUUUCCAACGAUAAGUCCAGAUUGACACAAGAAGAAAUCGAGCGUAUGGUUGAAGAAGGUGAGAAGUAUGCCGAACAGGAUGAAGAAUUGAGAAAGACCAUCCUCGCUAAGAACGAACUAGAGAACCAGGCUCAUAACUUGAAGAACCAAAUCAACGAUGAGGAUGGAUGGGGUGCUAAAUUGGAUGCUGAAGAUAAAGAAACGUUAUUGGAGGCUGUUGAAGAAGCAAUUAGUUUUAUUGAGGAGAAUGGUGAAACUGCAUCCUUAGAAGAGUUCCAAGAAGAACAAGAAAAAUUAACCAAGGUUGUCUCUCCUAUUGUCUCCAAGAUGUAUGCUUCCGAAGGUGGAGCUAGUGAAGGCUACCAUGACGAAGAGGAAGAUGAUGACGAAGAUGAUUGGGACCAUGACGAAUUGUGA